CAUUCAUUCUUUGGCCUGGAGUUUUGAGGCAGACAGGGUUGCUUUAUGGAAAAAGGCUGUUGUGUUUAGGAUGAAACUGCUCUAUUCAGACUUGUUUAUGGUUAUCAGGCUGUAGAAUCACCAGACUGAUCCAGAGAGGCAAGACUGGCAAAGCAGACGAUCAAGGGAACUGUGGAAAGGAAACGGAGUUUCUCUCCAUCGGACUGGGUAAACCGACAAAGGAAUUUACAACAAAGUUGGAGAUACUGAGAGUUAAAGAAACUUUUCAGGUUGCUCUUGCUUUGUUGUUUUGCUAGUUUUAAGGGAACGUCGAGAGUAAACACUGUCGCCAUCUGAGGGGGCAGGAAGAGGAGUUUUCAGAGUCCUUUUCUCUUUAGAAUGAAGUUGGAAACACGAUCCCCAGGUUAUCAGUGGAGUUUUGCAAGAUGCGUGCUGUGAGUCACAUAGUAACUCUGUGCCUAACUUUUGGAGGAAGUAUCACAGCUGUUUUCCAAGACAACCACACUACUUCACAUUCUCACCAGGAGUGUGUGAGCUUUCUGGCUUCUCCAUGUCCUUACCACCGCUUCUUAUGUUCAGAAGACAAUGUGUUUGAAAAUAUGCAAGAAUCCCAGGAAGUCCUCAUGCCCAACCACCUUGACGAAGUCAUUGCUGCAGUCAGUGUCACUUCUAAAAAGAGGAUCCCAAACAAGCUGCUUCAGACAGCCCUGUUCCAGCCCCCUCGAGAGAAACUCCACCUGUGUGAAGAGAGAGCAAAAUCCUACUCGAGCAGCUGUGAGUACAAACAGGCCAUCCAGGAGCUUGUGCGCUGUGUGGCAUUGACAAGAAUUUGCUAUGGCGACUCACAUUGGAAACUAGCAGAGGCAUAUGUUAAUCUGGCUCAAGGCUACCUCCAGCUGAAAGGGCUGUCACUACAAGCAAAGCAACAUGCAGAAAAAGCCAAAGAAAUCCUGGCCAACUCCAUUGAGAACCCCUAUCAUGACAAUACAGAUAUCUUCAAGUGUUCCAUAGAUCUCUUCUGUACCCUGGGGAAAGCCCUGCUGUCCCUUCAAAAAUUUAAAGAAGCCUCAGAGAACUUGGUGAAAGCGGAAAGACUUUCCAAGGAGAUGCUGCAAUGUGGGAACAUUAUAAAGGAGGAAUGGGUAGAAAUCCAAGCUCGGAUCAAGCUGUUCUUUGCACAACUGUAUCAAGGUCAGAAAAGAUCAAAAGAAGCUUUGCCCUACUAUCAAAAGGCUUUGGAAUAUACUGAGCUCACCAAAGAUGAAAGGAGUCUUGAGUGUGUACCAGUACUAAGGGAGCUGGCAGGAGUGGAGCAAGCCCUGGGAUUCCACGAUGCUGCUGUCAGUCAUUUCUCACGGGCACAUCUCAUCGUCCUGAGUAAAAAUCCCUCCCCAGAGGAGGCUGCAGAUUCCGCACACUUUAUUGCCCGGGCUGCUGUUGCUUCUGGGAAGCAAGACCACCGUGAUGAGCCUGGGAUGCCUCUCCUCACCAUCCCAGCCCCAGAAAAUAAUCCCUGUCAGUACAGGACUCUUCUGCAGUGGACCAGCAUGCACUCUGUUCUCUCCUCAAAGGCUGGCCAUGUAACCAUGGUUCGAAGUUCAUUUAGGACCUGGAGAGAUAUGGCCGAGCAGUAUUUUCAGGAAAGCAUGACUCAUGUGAAGGAUUCUGAAGGAGCAGGAAGAGUCAAGUUCCUUUCCAUUCAAGAUGAAUUUUGCAAUUUUCUGCAGAUCACUGGACAAAAAGAAAGAGCAAUCAUGAUCCUGAGAGAGUCUCUGGAAGCCAAAGUAGGAGCAUUCGGUGACUUCAGCCCUGAGGUGGCAGAGACAUACCGGAUCCUGGGCAGGGCAGACCUGGCACAGGGAAACCACAUCGGAGCACAUGCCAAACUAAAGAAGGGAAUUAGGGGCCAGGGAGAAGACCCUUCAAUCACCAAAGAGUGUGUUCAGAUUGAGACGUUCUUGAAUGGAUCGCAGGACAAGAGGACCCUGGCCACCCAGCAGACCAUAGACACACUGUCCAAAAACUCCGAGGCUGCCACGAAGCCAAGGCAAUCUCUGAAAGCCAAGAUGGCAUUGUGCACCAUACCAGGGAAGGCCAAGCACAAUGUGGCUGACUGAUCCCCCCCAUGUGCCCCAAAGAAAGCUCUGAGAAAGACUUGGCAUUGCUUUUAGGAUGCUGAACAAACCUCUCUCCAACCAGGAGGUGGCAUUUAGCAGUCACUGCAGAUUUUUAAGGCUGUUUGCUCCAGCAUACAGCAGCAUCACCAUGAAUCUUCCGCAUCUCAACUGUGGACGCCCUUCGGGUGAUCUGGUGCUUUGGUUAUUUUUUAUUUGUGUCACUUUGAUCAUUUCUCUCACCAAGGAGAAUUUCCCCUGCCAUCUCAACUGUGCCUGAAAGACUCUUAGGAAGUCGGAGCUUCCUGCAGGAAGAGACUGCCCCUGACUGCAGGCUGAGCACCUGCACGACCCAGAGCUGCCUCCAGGGUAGUGAUAGAUAGCAUAGGAAAGUAAUAGGAACUGAGAAGAAAAUGCCAAUAAAGAGAAACUUGUGCUAGUGUCA